AGAUGUCUUGUUUGUAGUAAAUGCUGAGGGGAUUGCCAUGUCUAAAGAAGAGAAGAAAAUUGAAGUAAUUAAUGCAGUUUACAAAGUUCGUCUUCACUGUCCAAAAUGUGCACAUGAUAUUAGAAAACCACUCUUGAGAACUCAAGGAGUUCAUACUGUGGAUGUGAAAUUUGAGAAAGAUGAAGUUACAGUAAAAGGUGCUAUUGACGCAAAGAAAAUUCACCAACGUUUAGAGAAAUGGAGUAAAAAGAAAGUCGAGAUAGUAUCCCAGACCAAGGUUAAAGAAGUUGAAAAGGAAAAGGAAGUGAAAAUGAAGGAGACUAUUAAGACAACGACAUUGAAAGUUUACAUGCAUUGCAACAAGUGUGAACUUGACCUAAAGAGGAGGUUACUCAAACAUAAAGGAAUUUAUACCGUUAAAACAGACUUCAAAGCUCAAACAAUAACAGUUGAGACAAUACUUGAGGCUGAAAAAGUUGUGACGUAUGUGACAAAAACAUUUGGCAAACACGUAGAAAUCGUAAAGAAGAAAGAGGAGGAAAAAAAGGAAGUAAAGAAAGAAAAAGUAACAAUUGAAGUGAAAGACACAGAAAAAAUUGUUGAAUUUAAGGAAGUGAAGAAAGUAGAGGCAAAAACCAAGGAGGGUGAAAUUCCAUACUUUGUUCAUUAUGUAUAUGCCCCUCAGUGGUUCAGUGAUGAGAACCCUAAUGCUUGUUAUGUCAUGUAGACAUAUAAUGACAUGAACUUCUUGCACAUACCAAGUUAAUUCUUAAUUUGAUAUGUAUAUGUAAAAAUAAUGUCUAUUUUCUUAAUUUCACUUUUUGUACAAAUAACUUGAUUUAUUUCACAAGUACGAUG